AUGACUGCUGGCGUCCCUCAGGGAUCCAUAUUUGGAACGCUUCUCUUUAAUAUGUUUAUGAACGAUCUGGCAUAUGUCGUAAAUCAAAGUGAACUGUCGGCCUACGCGGACGAUACGCAAAUCUUUCACGCAGAUCAAGAUCCAGCCAAAGUUCAAGAAACGAUAAAUUCUGACUUGGCCAACGUCGACAAAUGGUACGCAGAAAAUGGAAUGAAAAGAAAUUACACAAAAUAUCAAGCCAUUGUAAUGGAAAAAUCAGCUGAGACUAAACCUGAAUUUUCCUGCGAAAACACAGUCAUAAAAAACAGUGAUGUUUUAGAGCUACUUGGGGUAACGGUUAAUGAAAAACUGAAAUUUGGCAUGCAUGUAAACAAAGUUUGUCGUAAAGUUUCUCAACAAGUUGCCGUGCUAAAACGUAUGAGGAACAUGCUUCCAUUUGAAACGAGAUUAAGUACUUACACCUCAGCCCAGCGAGAUCCCGCCCCUUUAGGCCAAGAUCUUGCUAAAGCUGGGCUAAGAUGCGCCUCAGGAAAA